UAGUUGUACGGGUUGGUGCAGCAUUGCCAUUGGAUUCCUCGGCUCUGAAUCUGAUCUUCGUUGUUCACCAAGAAGACGUGUACACAGAACAUGCAGAAAGUGUGAGUAAAGUGCAGGAGUACGGAAUGUGUUCAGCCAUUGGUGUGGACCAGAAGAGUACCUCACGUUGCCUGCUCCAGAUGUAGCCCAUCCUAGCAACCCUGAGUGUUUUUUUGGCUUGAGGAAAUCCUCUCGAGCUGUCGUCUGGAAAGACUUCUGUGCAGAGGAGAAUUGAAGACGAAAAUAGAAUUAUUUUGUAUUCUCAGUGUUCGUAAAGACAUCUCAAGCAGUUAUUUGGACUAUGGGCGCAAUUCCCACGGCGCUGCGGCGCGGGGAGCAGAUUGGCGAGGACAUUGAGCUAGGAGCAGAUCCUGCAGGAGCUCGCGCUGCUGUAAAUCCUUACCGCUACCCACCAAAGAACGGAGAGUUGUAUUUUGGCAACUCGUUCUGGAUCGGCGGACAGAAGUUCGACAUGGACGCAUCCGACGGAUUUCUCUUCGGUGACAACAUCGACGUAAAUUUCUUUUCGGGGAGAGCAAGAUCGUUCCCAUUCAGUGUUCCCCAGGUGGGACAACCUACUAGUGUCUUGCAAGCUCUUGUCAAUAUCCGCAAGGACUCCUUGAAGCUAACCAGGGAUGCAGACGAGCCCACUCUCUACGCCGUCGAGUUUAUUUACGAUGCUGACGUGGAAUCCGUGGUCACCAUCUUCCUGCAGGCGCGUGAAAUCUACCGCGAUGGCGUGUUGAGCUAUCAGUCACAAGUCAACGCUCAAUCAAGCGGUGACGUGCUGGUCGCCGGUUACGGGCAGACAUUCAAGUCGACCUACUUUCUGGCACCGGAAGAGGCCAGCGCUCGCAUGCUGACGCUGCCGAGUGAUGGACCCAGCGGUGUCUUCCCCCUCAUUGUCAUGUGUGAGGUCGGUGAAUCAGAUCUAAACGACCAGCAGACACACGCACAUAUACUGAUAGCCAACCUGGAGAAAUCUGGAGAGGAUGUGUACACAGCCAAGGCGGUCAAGCAGAAGCAAGUGAUUGAUGGCACAGUGCUGCUUCUUCAGGAGAUUUAUGGUCUGGACGGGGUGGCGCGUACGCAGCCUGGAAUCAAUAUGGACGACGACGAUGACGACAACGAUGAUGAUGACGCCGACGGUUUUAGUUCCACCAGUCAAACGGGAAUGGAGUGCGAGUUGUGUUUGUCUGAACCCCGUGACACCAUGAUAUUGCCCUGUCGACAUCUCAGUAUAUGCUCCUCCUGUGCUGAUCAGCUCCGUUUCUCGGCCAGCAAUUGUCCAUUCUGUCGCCAGCCAUUUUCGGCACUGUUGCACAUCCGUGCCUUCAAGGAGGUGAGAUCACCAGCCCAUGCCGCCAACUCCACCAGCGCCUGUAGCUCUGUCCCUAUGUCCCCGCAAGGCAACACUAGUGCCAGUGGUAGCAAUCGGCCAGGCGACGUCUCACCAUCGGACACGGAGCUGGCUAUUGACGCGGCCGUUGCCGCCGCGAGUCCGCCUUCUGCGGCUGCUGCUGAACAGGUAGCUGAGAUACCAGGUUAUCACGAGGUGACACUUUCCGAGGCGUUUGCUGGCAUGGUGCCGAAAGAGUCUGCGCCGACGCGACCAGCAAGGGCCUGUACCGUCAACAGUGAUGUAGCGGAAUCGUUGGAUGACGACUUUCCCAAUUCGGACACCUCGAUGAUCCCGGCCAUGAUAUCCUCACACGCCGAAGACGCCGAAAGCACUUCUGCUGCUGCUGCGGCUGUUCUACCACAACCCGCAUCAGCAACAGGAGCGGCGGCGGCACUGUCCGACAUUCCACCAGUGGCGCUUCUCACCGAGGGAGUAUCCAGUGGCGACGGGACCAGCUCUGCCACCACCGGUAGCUGCUCACCAGUGCAUCGCACAGUCAGCGCACCAGUGUGUGCGUCCACACCCAUCAGUCUACCCGGUAUGGUGGACGACGACGACGACGACGACGGAGACGACGACAAGAACGAAUCCACGGUAACUCCCGCGCCGACACUGCCGCGCUCUCCGAGCUAUCCUAUUGUCAUGUCUUCAUACACCAUAACUGGCGUAAGUGAUCCCGUGGAGGUGGAAUUGUCGGAGAGUAACAGCACCACAGCUGGUGGUUAUGACUCUGACGAUGAAGAGUCAUACCAGGAUGCCGACGAUGGUAGUCGCGACGACAGCAGAGUGAAGUGGGUCGAAUCCAUCUCGGUAGAAGUGUGACGUGCGUGUGCUUUGUACGCGUGUGUGUGUGUGUGUGUGUGUGUGUGUGUGUGUGUGUGUGUGUGUGUGUGUGUGUGUGUGUGUGUGUGUGUGUGUGUGUGUGCACCGGCACGUGUUGUGACGUUUGCUGUUUGCCUAGCUGCGAGCACACUAGCGUUGUCCGCUGCGUGUCUUGCUCAAAUGGCACUUCACGGGUUUGGUUUCGUAUUGCGUGCAAUGCAAUCGGGCGCUUUGCACUCCGUUCUGCGUGAGAUCUCUGCAUGUGUUCUUGUUGAUGAUGUCCUGUUGUUGUUGUUGAGCGCGUUGUAAGUGUUGCCUGUGUAUAUUGCCCGCUGGAAUACAUGCAUAUCCCACUGUACAUUAGCCCGUAACGUAGCCCUUCUCUCCUCUCCAUACUUGUACGGUUCGAAUCGCUUGCGGGCUCAUGAACACACAAACAAACAAAUAAACAAACACAACACACACACACACACACACCGUUCGUGCGUGCACACACAUGCCCUCACGUGUACAUACGUACAUACGAGUCAACUGCACACUGUACUCAGACCUAUGUUUCUCACCUGCUGACUACUAACUGCUGUGCAGCAGCAGCAACUGCAUCAGGUGAUCAUGUUGUGACCGGAGUCACACUGAGCGUGGUCACGUCAGUGCAUGUGGCCCUCGACUCCUCUUUUCCAGCCAAGCCAAGUUCCGAUUGGUUUCUUAAACAAAAUUGCCAUACAUGUAGAUUCUUCUCUUCUGCCUAUAUAUUUUACUACUCUUCUCAUCAAUUAGUUAGCAGUGGGUUCUUGUUGUGUGUUCAAGUGUUCACCGCUGCAUGUAGUAGGCGCAUGUGUAGCUUGUAGGUUGUUAUUAAUUUUAUUUAGUUCUCUCGUAGAUUUCGAAAUGCCUUCGAAAUACCUUGUAGUCGAAAGUCGUCCUUUAGCUUGUCUUUCUCUGUUAGGUUACCUCUGCAUUGACCUGUGAGUCAAAGUUUUUUUCUCCGUGUGUGUGUGUGUGUGUGUGUGUGUGUGUUUUACAAACACGCUGAUGUUGAUGUGCCUCCCUCCUUCUCCCCCGUCCCGCUCGCGUUUCUGACCUCGCCUCCACGCCAAUGUUUUCAGUCGUAAAAAUGAAACGAGUAACGGGUAAGGGUUUUUUUUUCCAAUAGCCCGCAUGCCAUGAUCAUGUACUUUUCUCGGCUUAUAAACACUCUUUUAUCCUCAUCAUAAUGAUUCAUGUGUAUUCAUGGUAUUUGAAGUUCCGCUCUUGCACAGCAGCAGCAGCGCAGCGCGUUCACAGCAGCAUUAUAUCUAUCUAUUUUUCACCCACCGCCAUACACGUACUACACGUCUGACAUCAGGGUAAAAACACAACGGACUAACACUGGCUUUGAUUUUAUCGACUUUGUCUUUUCUAAACCGUCAUGUUAAACUGGCACCUGUGUUCUAUUUGUUGUCCUCGUUCUCGUGUAUUUUGCAGCAAGCUUUUUGGUAUUAUGCUGCCUCGCCCCUGCAUUUGUGUUUUCAGUGGCCAGUCCGGUUCAGUUGUAUGUGAAACACACAUGAUUAAUUUUGAUUUUGGUACUUGUACUAUUCACUCGAUACGUAGUCUCCUAACGCGGUGUCCUCAACUGUG